GAUAAUCUGUGGAAUUGCCCGUUUGCCGACGUUUUGGGGAAGUUGUGAGAUCUUUGCAUGUUGACGAAAUACACAAUUUUAUGUAACCUGUGGUGUUCGGGAAGUAUAUAGUUUUGAUGUGUGUUGUUCGUGUGACGUACUUGACAUUUUUAUAUUCUCUCCUAUCUAGUAUGUGCGAUGUCCUCUGCAUUGCUACGUAAAAGCCUUCGUUUGUUUGAAGACGAUUUGACAGAAAAAGGAAAGAAGAAACGAAAAACAGAUCAAAGAAACAAUGAACACACAGAACAGAAAGGAAUAACAAGAUGGAAAACUAAUAAGAAAAAGAAUCCAAAACAAAAAGGUGUAGUGAAUCUGGAAGAAAUCCGUAAAGAACUGCAGCUGAAAAAGAACUUCACAGAAGAAAACUUGAAACGUUUGCAAAUUUUACGUUAUGGACAAAUAGACCAAGCCAUUGCAAAUAAGAUCCUUGAGCGAGCAAGUAAAUGCACUAAAGGAGAUAAGAAUCUGAAAACUGAAGACACAACUGUUUUUACAGAGGAAGAUUUUAAGAACUUUGAAGAGGAAUACAUUGAUACGUAGAUCAUUGUGUAUAACAGCCGUUUAGAAUCGCUAAAGAAAUAUUGUCAUCGUAUUAUUGUAGUUACAGUACUGACUGUUUUCUAAUGGGAUGUUUUCAGAAAGCAAAAGUAUGGCUUUUAACUAUUUGUUAUCUUGGAAGUCUAUAGGCGUGUGUGCUUAACUGUCGAACAAUGCGUGACGCUUUACUUGGAAAAAUAUUCAUUUUGUUCAGUAGUUUAUUUUACUUUCUUUACACUGUUUGGGUUAUAGCUCUACCCUUUGUUGAUGAUGGACAUCCUCUUAGGCUUCUGUUUCCAUCUGUUCAUUAUGCUCUUUUGAUCCCUGCUUUCAUGGGACUUGGUUUUAUUGGAGGGCUAAUAGUUUUUACUGUAUAUGCAAUUCACCAGCCAUGAAAAAGUGGCUUGUAAUUGGCGUCUCAGGUGUAACGUGUGGUGGGAAGACGACAGUUGCACGUUCUUUGCAUGAAAGCCUUCCAGGUUCAUGUCUCUUGUGCCAGGAUGACUAUUUUCUGCCUCCAGAUAGCAGCAAGCAUACAUGGAUCCCAACACUUAACCACAUAAACUGGGAGAUAAUGUCAAGUGUUGAUAUGAACAAAAUGUGGGCAGACAUUAAAAGAAUUACCCAGUUUAAUUUCCUGCAGCAUUUUAGCCAUUGCAAAAUACACGAAGAAAAAAGUAGUAAUGACCUACCACUGAUGAAUUUUGAAGCUUUAGCAGGUGAAUUACCAUUUCACAUCUUAAUAAUUGAAGGAUUUUUGGUAUUGAAUUAUCAGCCGAUUGUGGAAAUUUGUCACUUAAAAUAUUAUUUAACACUCACCAGGGAUCAAUGCUGGGAAAGAAGGAAAGUUCGUGUCUAUGAUCCCCCUGAUGUACCUGGUUAUUUUGAUGUGUGUGUUUGGCCUGAGUAUGAAAAACACAGAGAUGAAGUUUUUCAGACUGUUGCUGAUGUUCAUAUUAUAGAUGGUACAAAUGAUGUGAGGCAAGUUGUGUCUAAUAUAUUUCUUGACAUGAUGAAAUAUAAGAAAAUUACCAUGUGAACUAUUUGAUUUAUCUCUAAUUUUCUUGAGAUUCAUGUAGCAAUGACUAUUUUAUUGUGUUCACAAAACUUUCUAAGUCACUGUACAAGAAAUUCAAAAUUGAGAAAAUAUAACAUAUAAUUUCUCAAUGUACAGAUCCACAAACAAGAUGGAAGUUAAAUAAAAACUAGAUUAUAAUGUUGUGUUUUUAGACAUCUAUGUCAAGACAUAGCAAUUUUAACAGGAUGUUCUUCAAAAUAAAUAAUCAAUUUGCACAUGGAAUCAGAUUUCCCUAUUUCCCAAAUAUUUGUUUCCUUCUACAACACUGUAGUCCUUUGAUAAUAUCGCAGCUUCAAAAUUCUGUAAUUUCAUAUAAAGAAUGCAGUAGAUAACCCCCUUUCAGUCUUGAUGUGCAAUAUAAUGGGCAUGGCCUUUUACACAUGUUGUAAUAGCAAAUUAUUUCAUUCACCUUUUACACUCAGUAGCCUAUUUAUUGGACAUUUCACUUUUAGUUUCACAGUUCUUGAUGACCGAGCAAGUGGAGCUGCACUGUGAACUGAUUUCUGCAGACUCCUUGUGAAACCAUGCCAGAUGCAUUCAGUGUCUGUCAGACACUCGGGGGACAGCCUGACGAUUUGCCUUUACACAAACAAAUGGUUUCUCGAAAUUGUUCAUUCCACCGUGUAAUGCUCUGUGCUGUAGGGAGAUCCACACAUACCUAGCAUGAAAGUCACACUUUACAGUUAUUACUGACCCUCACUAUGCAAAAUGUAGAACACAAAAGAUUUCUGUUGUCCCGACACCGUUUUUACUAAUACUAAAGUGGGAGCACAUUGCUGCUACCUAGCGGGAACCGUGUAAAACAAGAAUUUGCUCUUUCCAACAGUACUUUGGUCACACACAUAUCUCAAAUAACAUAAUAGUUCCAAUUUUUAAAAAUAGGAUGAUUCUUUUGAUACACCCCUUACAUUGGUAUUUUUGAUUUUGUUUUUUUCUGAACACACAGCAGAUUUCGCAUCUGUAGUGAUGUCGUGACGAGAGACUGUUGCAGUGUCCCAUGCUUCCAAACAUACACUCUGCCCGCCACUCUCUCAUUGACUGCUUAGAACCUGCCACCUGACAUACCCUCUGUUAUUCCUGUCAGCCCUCGACAACAAUACUGUAAAAUAUGUAACUACACCACUGGACCCAAUCUAUACUUUUAGCAUAUGCUGCAGAAAUGUAUGCUUUUCUUGACUAUUUGUCAAAUUUUAAAGUCAGUUUGAUUCUGAGUUCAAAUUAAUUCAGGCAGACUGAAGUUUAUACAUGGUAGGUUUUCAUAAAAAGUCAAAGUACACAGUAUAGAUUCCCGUGGUUUGCAGCACGACGAAAUUUGCUACCCUCUCAUGUGGUCCCCUCACCCCCUUCCCCUGCUACUCAUUGUAGACAUCAGCCAACCAGGUGACAUUCUUCCCCCUCGAACGCUUCCAUAGAGCUGUGCUUGUGGUACAUAAAUAAAAGAUUGCAGAUACAAUUCAGUCCCGCAUUUAGCUGACAUCUGUUGGUACUACCUCUGCAACAUGUCUUUCUUCUGUAAUUUAUCAUUUCCGGUGUAAUUUAUUCUUGCGACAACAAUUGUGAUCAAUUUAAUGCAUUUUAUUUUGUCUGUUAGGUAUUUAGUUCUGGAUUAAUUUUCUUUCUCAUUUCAUCUGAAUUUCACCAUCUUGUUCUAAAGCUGAUUAAAAGCUAGUGUCAUUUUCCCUGGUAUUCUAAUGUAUAACAGUGAUGGAAUUUCUCAUUUGCAAUCCUCUUGGUAAAUUAUUGGGUACAGAAUCAAGUGAUGUUCUUGGAAGAACAAGAUUUUUGCCUUCGAACGUUACCUUUACUUAGAAACCAGCAUAAAUGUAUUUGUAUAUUGUAUGAGAGCUUUUAUUGCACACCUGUCCAAAUAAAACAAAAGUUUGUAAGUUGAUAGAAUCUAAUACUAUUGUUAAUUUUUAAGGAGAGCAUUAGGUUGUUGUAAUGGCUAAAUCAUAGUUACUUGCUUCAAAUAUCACAUGACUGUUCAAGCAAGAUCGAUAAUGUAUUGAGCACUUCUGCAUAUCAGAAACUCUUGAGCCUAUUCGAAUGAAAGUAUUGUUUACAAUACCCUUUGGAAUUCUUCAAAAUAAAUUUGUACGAAACUUCA